GUCCAGCUGGGUUAGUAUAACAGUUUUUUAAUGGGAAGAUUUUCGGUCAAAAAUAUCAACAAAAGUGUUUUUGUGAAUUUGUGAUAAGAUGAAUGCCCAUAUGGAAGAAUUGGAACAGGAGCCCUUUGAUGUGGCAGAGUUCAUUGAGAGGCUCACCUGGAGGACGAGCAAUGAACUGGGCCCAGAAGAGUUUGAUCCGGAUCUUCUGCAUGAGACAUUUGUUCAAACAAUCAAGGAUCUGACCAUCCUGCAGGAGCGACAGCAGAGGAAAUGUGAAAAGCUGGAAGAAGCUCUCAAAGAUGAGCAGAAAUUCCAUGCCAGCAACAUUGAUAAGUUGCAGGAGAAGCAUCAAGUGUCCGUAGAUUGGUUCCAUCAGCUCGAUGAGAAGAUAAAUUCCGUUGCUGGCAAGAUUAUCCAUUUGGGAGAGCAACUGGAGAAUGUCAAUACUCCCAGGAGUCGCACGGUAGAAGCUCAGCGUUUGCUCAAUCACAUGAGUGAAUUUUUGAUUCCUGGGAGGUUGAUCAAUGACAUCUUCAGUGACAAGAGUAAACUCUUCGAGGCUGCUGACAUCAUCCAGAAACUGUAUACAAUCUCCCAGGAUCUGCCCACGGAGAAGUUUGGCGAGGCCAAGAAGAAAAUUGAGGCGAAGUAUGAUGAGAUUGAGAGAGCGUUGAUUGAGGAGUUUGCCAAUGCCCAGAAAUCUGAAGAUAUCGAAGCUAUGAAGCAUAUUGCAAGCAUCCUGUCGCAGUUUAAGGGAUAUUCUCAGUGCAUAGACGCCUAUAUUGAGCAGAGCCAGGCCUCGACGUACGGAGGGAAGGAUAUCUUUGGUGGAAUCCUGCCCAUGUGUCGUCAUCAUUAUUCCAUCAUCAAGAAAGUCUUUGCCAGUCCUGACCUCGUCAUGUCCAAGUUCAUCCUCAACAUCUACCAGUUAAAGAUCAAUCAAUAUGCCCAGACAAAGCUGGAGGAUCGCCGGGAUCUGGACAAAUACCUCAAAACUCUCUACGACAUGUAUUCCCGGACAAUGAAGCUUUCCGGAGAUUUGGCUGAAUUCACGAUGGAGAGUGACGAUGAUAUGCUAGAAAAACUGACAGCUAUCAUCUUCGCCAAGCAUCUGGCCACUUACAUUGAGAUUGAGGCGAAGGUUCUCGAUGCAAAGUGCUCCACGGAACUCCGGGAUUUCUACAAAAGCAAGAAGCAUCAGAAGAGACAAACUGAACGCUUCCAAGAGCUUAAGCGCGACGUUCAGGCUCUUAUUGGCACGAGAGCCAACAUAAACAUUGCCCAGAUUGAGGAUUACGGAGGAGAGACCUUCCUGUCGGAGGAAUUGGCGAUUAAUCUGCUCCAAGAAUCCAAAAUGGCCUUCAAAAGGUGUCGCCUGCUCUCAAAGAAAAGCGAUCUUCCAUCCAAUGCCAUUCGCCUGGCUGAUAUUCUCCUGAGAUAUUUGAUGCAUGAGCAUGUGGAUUAUGCCCUUGAGCUUGGUCUCCAUGCCAUUCCACUUGCUGAGAGCAAGAAUCAUCCGCAAAUAUACUUUUUUGACUGUGUUCAGAAGAGCAAUACAAUCGUACAUCUCCUGGAGAAGACGUACAGUGCAAGUAUUCUGCCGUGCGUUGUUUCAACUCCGCGCUAUGUCGAUUGCAUUGAGAAGAAGAGGAUUAUGCUAGAUCAGAUUGAGAGUAAACUGGAUUCUGGUUUGGAUAGAUCUAUCAAUGCUUUGUUGGGUUGGGUCAAGGUUUACCUGCAGAGCGAACAGAGGAAGUCUGACUUCAAGCCAGACACUGAUAUUGACACUGUGGCUUCCCCGGCAUGUCUUCAUGUUGUCCAACAGCUCAUGCCGGCAAUUGUGCAGAUCCAGGGAUGCAUCGAUGGGGAGAAUCUGGCAUCGGUCAUGACGGAAUUGGGAGUUAGGCUCCAUCGGGUAAUUUUUGAUCAUUUGCAGCAAUUUCAGUACAAUACCGCAGGAGCUAUGUGCGCCAUCUGUGAUGUUAAUGAGUACAGGAAGUGCGUAAGAGAGCUGAAGAGUCCUCUGGUGACACAGCUCUUUGAUGUGCUCCAUGCUCUCUGCAAUCUUCUGCUAGUGAAGCAUGAGAAUCUUCAGGAAGUCUGUGGAGGAGAAACAUUGAAUUCCCUGGACAAAUCAGUUGUGAUGAACUUUAUCCAGUUACGAAGUGAUUAUAAAACGAUCAAGAUAUCCAAUUCUCUGAAAGGAAUGAAUGAUCAUAGAAUAUAAAUUGCAAAGAUAAACAAGGAAAUGAAUACAAAAACCUCACUGUAGCGUAAAUAUAUUCACUUUAUUGACUCAUAAA